UGAACGUCAGCAACUCUCACUAACUUACAUAUAUAGCUGUCACACUUACACACGCGUAUAACGUGUGUCUUCAGAUGUUUUUCUUCGAGUGGACUCAAUUAUCAAAAUUUGGACGCAGGAAUAAAAGACACGUCUAACACAUUAAUUCGGAUCAACUUUUCGCCAGCGUGGGCAAUAGACGACGUCGAAAGAAAAAAAGAAAAACACGCGGAUUCAUAGUUAGGCACUAGUCAUGGACCAGUAUUGGCAACGACAACAACAGCCACAGUUACAACAAGAACAGUUUGUUGCAAACGAAUCAGGUGGCGAUUUGGUAGCUCCAGAUGAGUCCGCUGCUGUAUGCCACGGUGGAAACAAUAACAACUAUGUGAAUUUCAAUCAGUUCAUCACGCAACAUAAUCUGGCAACUUCGAAUCUAAGUUAUAGUAAUGGAGCCGGCGGUGCAGCCUUUGGACUAACGCCGAAUAAUAGCAACUAUGGUGGACUUCCAUAUGCACAACCCUUUUUCGGCUAUCAAAAUGGCGAUGGAGCAGCCGGUGGCAGCGGGGGAAUUGCAUCUAGCAACAAUUAUCAAGAAUCGUUAAGACAUGCGUUGGAUAUCAAUCCUUUUGCCUCAGCCAGCAGUUUUGAUUUCAGCACUUCCAAGCUUCAGGCUUCGGCUCCAGAAUUUGUGCCCACUUUUGCAAAGCUAAGUUUAAGUGCUUCCCCAGCACCUGCAACGGCAACGGGAUUGGGAGAACAGUCCCCUAGAUCGAGCAGCACCAGCAAUAAUCACAAUAAAUGCAAUAUUAAUGGCAACAACAGCACUGCCAUAGUAAGUAGUGAAACAACUAACCAUCAUCAUCAUCAACAGCAGCCCUACCAGCAGCAUAAUCAACAAGCCCAGCAGCCAAAGGCACAUGGUUCUAACAGUCGCCAACAGCGACGCAACGAUUACCGCGAGGAUCGCAUCGAUCGCAAUGAUGAUCGCUAUGAUCGCAAGAAGCCGCAGAAGCAACAGCGCUAUGACAAUCAUAGAAGCAACAAACGACGCGACGACUGGAAUCGUAAUCGAGACCGCAUCAAUGGAUAUGCUCGUGCCAGCGAAGAGCUCGAUACAAGCAAUAGUAAUGACAGCGCCCAUCCAUCACCGGAAAAGCAAAAGCAGCAUCAAAUAUCGCCAAGACGCGCUGGCCCGGACAACGAGAAGUUGUCGCAACGCGAGAAACUUAUGCGAGAUAUUGAGCAACGGCGUCUCGAGUGUCUGGUGUGUGUGGAACAAAUCAAGCCGCAUCAUGGCACAUGGUCCUGCCAGAAUUGUUACCAUGUGCUUCAUCUCAAGUGUACAAUUACGUGGGCCAGCAGCUCCAAGUCGGCGGAGGGCUGGCGCUGCCCAGCUUGUCAGAACGUUCUGCAGGAACUGCCGCGCGAGUAUUUGUGCUUCUGUGGCAAGCUCAAAAAUCCGCCCUUAACGCGCACCGAGUUAGCUCACAGUUGUGGGGAACUCUGCUGCCGUGCUGAGGGCUGCAACCAUGCGUGCACUUUGCUAUGCCAUCCGGGUCCAUGUCCGCCAUGCCAGGCGAAUGUGAGUCGCAGUUGUGGCUGCGGACGAAGCAGCAAACUGAUGCAGUGCUCUAUGAAGCAGCCGCUGCAAUGCGAAUCAAUUUGCGACAAGCUACUCAAUUGUGGCGAGCAUCGAUGUCAGCAACUCUGCCAUGUGGGAAAAUGCGAGAAUUGCGCGGAAAAGGUGCAGCAGCAUUGUCACUGCGGCAAGCAGCAGCGUGGCGUAAUGUGCACUAAGGAGAGCCAGGACAGGCGUAGCUACUCGUGCAAGGAAUGCUGCGGGAAACCGCUGCCCUGUGGCAAUCACAAGUGCAAGGACUCGUGCCAUGCCGGCGCCUGCCGACCUUGUAAGCUCAGCCCCAUUCAGAUUACUACUUGCCCUUGCGGUAAGCUGCCCGUUGCUGUUGAGCAGCGUGCCAGUUGCCUUGAUCCAGUGCCCACCUGCGAUAGCGUGUGUGGCAAGACAUUACGCUGUGGCAAGCCUGCUCAUCCUCAUCAGUGCACGAGCAAAUGCCAUUUGGGACAAUGUCCGCCGUGUCCCAAGCAGACGGCCGUCAAAUGCCGCUGUGGACACAUGGAUCAAAUGAUCAAAUGUCGGCAGCUGUCGACGCGAGCCGACGAUGCGCGCUGCAAGCGACGUUGCACCAAGAAGCGCAGUUGCGGCAAGCACAAAUGUAACGCCGAGUGCUGCAUUGAUCUUGAUCACGCCUGCCCUUUGCCUUGCAAUCGCACGUUGAGCUGUGGACGCCACAAGUGCGACCAGCCAUGUCAUCGCGGUAACUGUCCCCCCUGCUAUCGAAGUAGUUUUGAGGAGCUCUAUUGCGAGUGUGGUGCAGAAGUUAUCUACCCACCGGUGCCUUGUGGCACCAAGAAACCCGUCUGCAAGCGACCCUGUUCUCGCACUCAUGGAUGCGAGCAUGUACCUCAACACAAUUGCCAUGCGGCGGCUAUUUGUCCGCCAUGCAUGAUGUUCACGACCAAAUGGUGUCACGGCAAUCAUGAGCAGCGCAAGACCAUACCUUGCUCGCAGCUUAGCUUUAGUUGUGGUCUAGCUUGCGGAAAGCCACUUGCCUGCGGACGCCACAAAUGUAUAAGACCAUGUCACGAAGACGAUUGUCAGCAAGCUGGUGAAUUGUGCCGCCAAAGCUGUACCAAGCCACGUGUGCUUUGUGGUCACAAAUGUGCUGCACCGUGCCAUGAAGGUAGUUGCCCAGAGACGCCGUGCAAGGAGCUCGUCGAGGUGCAGUGUGAGUGUGGAAACCGGAAGCAGAACCGCAGUUGUCAAGAGCUGGCCAGAGAGCACAGUCGGAUUGCUACAGCCCAGUUGGCUUCGUCAAUGGCUGAAAUGUCUCGUGGUAACUACAUGGAACUUAGCGAAAUUUUGGCUCCAGGGAAAGCAAGCAAAUCAAACAAAACAUUGGACUGCAAUGAAGAGUGCCGCCUAUUAGAACGCAAUCGUCGGUUGGCUAUCGGUUUGCAGUCACGCAACCCGGAUACACAGUUAAAGUCACUCACCAAGUACUCGGAAUUCACUCGUGGAUUCGCCAAGCGAAAUCCAGCUUUGACCAAGAGCGUCUAUGAAACGUUAAGCGAUUUAGUAAAGUUAGCCAAGGAAAGCAAGCAGAAAUCGAGAAGCCACUCAUUUCCCACCAUGAACCGCGAGAAGCGACAACUGGUCCACGAGCUAUGUGAGGUGUUUGGCAUUGAGUCCGUGUCUUAUGACAAGGAGCCCAAUCGCAAUGUGGUUGCCACGGCGUGCAAGGAGCGUUGUUGGUUACCCGCCACUAGUAUCAUGGAGGUAUUGGCACGUGAGUCAGGCCAACGCCGUGUUCCGGUGCCCAGUAAUAACGCCUGGGGCCUGAAAAAGUAGAAGUCCCUAAAAUGUUUACAUGUUUCUAGUUUACGUCGCAAAGACUAUAUACAAGACUAUUUUCAACGGCUAUUAACAUUUUGAAAGAUAUUAAAACAUUUAAUCAAAUGUGAACUGGGCAUUGUUAAUAUUAUGAUAAAGGUGUCAUCAGGAACUAGAGGAACCGAAGCAAAAUAGUAAUUGAAAGUUAAAUGAAAAUGAAAAGUGUUAAUCAACUUAUUGUACGAUGAAUAAAUGUAAAACUGAAUGCUCUUAUUAUGUUGCGGAUGAAAAAUAAAAUGAAAUUAUUACUGCAAGAAAUUUUAAUUUU